AUGUCGGAUCUGAAUGCGAUCGAGAACGAAAGGGAAGCAAACCCGAGUGCUUCCGACGUUUUACGAGCAGCUGCACAUCAGUUAAUUGAUAACCUUGUGCAGAAUCCCACGGGUCGCCAGUGUAAUUUCAAUGAAGGGGGUUGUACUGUUGAACAAUUCAAUUGUAUGCACCCUCCUUUAUAUUAUGGGAGAGGCAAUCCAACUUUGGCGGAGGAUUGGAUUCAGGACAUUGAGGAGAUUUUGCGAGUCCUAACUUGUACUGAAGAACAAAAAGUGGCAUACGCCACAUUCAAGCUUACUGGGGAAGCGAAGAGGUGGUGGAUCUCUGAAAGAUCUAUCAGGGAAGCAGAGGGGACAGAGAUAGGGACAAUGACGGUACAUCAGUAUGCUGCUAAGUUUACUGAGUUAUCCCGUUUUGCUACUUAUUUGAUUCCCGAUGAGGAAAAGAAGGCACGCAAAUUUGAGCAAGGACUGAAUGAGAAACUGUACGUGCGUGUGGUGGGUUUCCAAAUUCGGAACUUCUCAGAAUUGGUGGAUAAAGCAACAGUUUUUGAAAGAACCCUUCAAAGAAGCGCUGCAAUGCAUGAACAGAGAAAAAGGACUACUCCUACUGGGUACCAGUCUGGCAUGGAUCAGGGACCAUGGAAAAAGAGGAAUGAAGGUAGUAGUUCGGGAAAAAGGCUGGUUCAGAGUAAUCAACAGCCCUACCAGUGUAGGACAUGCAAUCAAGUGCACUCCAGAGAGUGCAGAAAAGGGGCGGGAUUGUGUUUUCGUUGUGGCAAAACAGGACACUACAUCAGGGAUUGCCCAAUGCAAAAUAGGAGCAACCAGACAUUCAUACCGCCACCUCAGAGGAAUGAAGUAUCGGCCCGGGGCAGCAAUCAACGUCCUACUGCGCCUGCUCGAGUCUUUGCACUAACACCUGGAGAAGUUGAGGGUAGGAAUGACGUGAUCACUGAUACUGAAAGGUUGAGGAACAAGUUAGUGGUUGCAACCCCAACAGGAAAUUCUGUAGUCUGUAGUGAGAUUUUACCUGGAUGCCCUCUUUCUAUAGAGGGAAGACUGAUGCCAGCAGAUUUAAUAGUUUUCCACAUGGUUGGGUUUGAUGUAAUUUUGGGUAUGGAUUGGCUGGCUUCCUAUCACGCCAGUAUGGAUUGUGCUAAAAAGGAAGUGGUAUUCAGACCCCUUAAUGAAGGUGAAUUUCGGUUCACAGGGUCAAAAGUGAGGUUGACUCCACCCAUCAUUUCUACCAUUCAGGUUGGAAAACUGUUGCAUGAUGGUUGUCAGGGAUUCCUAGCCUGUGUGGUAGAAGCGCCAAAGGGGGAAGUGAUGUUGGAAUAG